GUGGGGGAUUGAAUGAGUGUGAAUAGACAGUAAACUUGAAAUGUCGAGCAAUUUAUCUUCUUUCUUACUUUCAAAGUCAUUUUUCUAAAUUUGAAGGACUGGAAGUGAAAAUCCCAUUUGUUCUUCCACAAUCUCUACCGGCGUUCCACGUCCUCUCUGUUUCUCCGGCGAAAUUCACGAUCUCACCGCAAUAAAUCAAUUUUCUUACAACUUAGGGGGACAAGCUUUUGUUGAUGAGUAGGGUUCAGCUCUGGCUCGAGCUGGUGAAAACGAAUUUGGUCUAUAGUUUAUCAAAUUCCAACCUCGUCCAUGGACAUGUCGCGUUCCCACUGUUCUCAACGUGAACUUGAUGAUGAAUAUGAUAAAGAUGAACAAAAUGAGAGUGAUAUUCUCAUAACCCUUUCCAAAGAAAAAGGUUGGAUGACUGAGUAUCUUUACCAAUACAAGUCCUUUUGGUUUACUCCGGCAGCUAUUAAAGGAGUUAAGAGGGCAAAACAAUGCUUCAAAGCUCAACCCACAGAUAUUCUUCUAUCUACUUCACCAAAAUCAGGAACAACAUGGUUCAAGGCCCUUAUCUUUUCCCUCAUGAAUCGUGAUCGAUUCGAUUUCUCUUCCCAUCCUUUACUUACCAAGGGCCCCCAUGAAUGCAUUCCCUUCUUGGAAGCCAUCAUACAAGAUGAAACUUCCUACCAAGAUUAUCGAAUUUCGUUUUCACCACGUUGCCUUUUUGCAACCCACAUUCCUUACUCUUUGUUACCAGCAUCAGUAAUGUCUUCUGGUUGCAAAAUUGUGUAUGUUUUUCGCGAGGCCAAGGAUGUUCUCGUUUCAAAUUGGCAUUAUAUGAAAAAGAUAAGACUCAAAGAACUACCUUCUUUUCCAAUCGAAGAUGCGUUUGAUCUGUUUUGCAAAGGGGUAUCACAUUAUGGAUCCUUUUGGGAUCAUGUCUCGGAUUAUUGGAAGGCAAGCUUGGAAAAUCCAGACAAGGUACUUUUCUUGACUUACGAGGACAUGAAGAAAGACCCCGUUGUUUGUCUUACCCAAUUGGCCAAGUUCUUGGAUAAGCCAUUUUGCUUAGAAGAAGAGAGAGAAGAGGUUGUGCAGGGGAUUGUAAGGCUUUGUAGCUUUGAGAAUAUGAGUAGUUUGGAAGUGAAUCAGACCGGAGUGCAACAUUUCAGUCCACAACUUGCUGUUGAGAACCGAAAUUUCUUGAGGAAAGGUCAAGUUGGAGAUUGGAGAAACCAUCUGACGCAAGAGAUGGCUGAACAGUUGGAUGAAAUCACUAGGCAGAAACUCUGUGGAUUAGUUUGAUGGGAAGUUUGCUUGUCGAUGCAAUACCCUAUAGCACCAAGGCAUAUGUACGUUAGUGAUCUACUGUCUCUACUCUAUGUAUAGUCCCGAAGCAUGUAUUGUUAAUCAAAACAUAUGCAAAUGUAAUUAUUCUUCGGUUGGUGUAAUUGUCAAGUGAUUUUAUCCCGUUGGACUUUCAUUCCCAAAAAAUAACUUCACACAUUAAUUGUAGUAACAAAAAUGAAUGACUUGAUGAGAUUUUGGUACAUGAACCUUAGUUAUUUGGUUA